AUGAUUCGAGUUUCAGAGGUGUACCACCGCAACUGCACGCCGCCGGCCAUCGAUGACUUCCCGGCGGGUCUCUUCACGGAGCAGCAGCGGCAGCAUGGAGCUAUCGUACUCCAUGCCUUUAUAUCCAUCUACCUGUUCUUGGCUCUCGCCGUCGUCUGCGAUAAGUUCUUCGUGCCGGCUGUUGAGAGAAUAUGCCACGCACUGAACAUGACCAAUGACGUAGCUGGCGCCACAUUCAUGGCUGCAGCCACAUCAGCUCCAGAACUCUUUGUAAACGUUAUUGGGACGUUCAUCACGGAGGGUGACAUCGGAGUUGGUACAAUCGUCGGCUCAGCAGUCUUUAAUAUUCUCGCCGUAGCUGCGUGCUGCGGUAUAGGCGCAGGAAUGGUUGUACCUCUAGACUGGUGGCCAUUAACAAGGGAUUGCCUGGCCUACGGAAUCACAGUAUCUAUACUAAUUUGUAUAAUGCACGAUGAGUAUGUGCAGUGGUACGAGGCGUUCCUGCUUGUCAUGCUGUAUGGCGUCUACAUUUGCAUCAUGUACUACGAUAAAUCUAUUCAGAACUUCGCUAAAGGUAACUGGAACUGUGUGUCAGACAUGUUGAAGAAAAAUGAAAAGCACGAUAAUGCGGUCACUGCCGAUAAUGAACUUAAAGAUGCUAAAGAAACUCCACCCGUAAACAAAAAUGAUCUAUCAUUAGAAAGUCACCAACACAAUGGGAAUAUAAAAAGUGCAUUAUCUCUUUGCCCAGAUAAAAAUGAAAAAAAUACUGAAAAUGACUCUUCACAAUCUGUAAGCUUACCUGCCGCUGACGGUGAUGGUGACAAAGCUAAGAAUAUCUGUAUUGAUAUGGAAAAUAAGGACAAUGAUGUGGAAGUUGAAAAUUCAGAGGAAAAUGAAACUGUUGUAAACGUCGAUGAAAAUAACAAAGAAGGAGAAGACAAAUACGUGCACUCACUUUGGAAGUGGCCUACUGGACGGAGCUGGCUUACUAAGAGUACUUGGGUAGUGACAUGGCCUAUCCACUUGGUCUUCUUGUUUACUAUCCCAGACUGUGAGAAACCUCGAUUCAAGAAUUGGUUCCCCCUGACAUUCAUCAUGUGCAUUGUCUGGAUAGGAUCAUUGUCAUACAUUGUUGCUUGGAUGAUCACUAUUAUUGGGGAUACGUUAAUGAUACCAGAUUCAGUGAUGGGUAUAACUUUUCUUGCCGCUGGUACAUCAGUGCCAGAAGCUGUUUCCAGUGUCAUAGUAGCAAAACAAGGACAUGGUUCCAUGGGCAUCAGCAAUUCGAUCGGAUCAAACACGUUUGACAUCCUUCUAUGCCUUGGGCUACCGUGGCUCAUCAAAGCCUCACUGACCCCAGCCGAGGCGGGUCACUACUGGGUGAAGAUCAAUUCGAUGGGCUUGGAGUACUCUGCCAUAUCGUUGCUGUCGACGCUGCUGCUGUUAUACUUGACGUUUUGGUUCAAUAAGUUCAAGCUGGACGCGGCGGUGGGCCGCGCCUGCCUCGCCAUGUACGCUAUGUUCCUGGUGCUCGCCACGCUAAUCGAACUGAACGUAUUCUUCCCUGUCAACGUGCGCACGUGCAAGAGAAGUGAACUAAAGUCUUAGGCUAGUCUAGUGUUUUGGACGUAAUCACAAGACGAAGUGUUAAAUAGUAGUCGUGGGGUCUCUUGCAUCUGUUUCAUGCUCAUGUGUGCUGAAACCUUUACGUGUACUUUAUAUAAGCAUUCGGUUACAUUUUUUAGAAAAUUUCUCCGACUAUGUCUAAAUUACACAAUUUCUAUGAUGAAGACAGCCUAUACAGAUAGCAUAAGCGUUUUUGCCAUUUUUUGUUUGAAUUUUUUAUUUAAUGUUAUUUAUGUAAUUUAGAAGAUAUGAGACGCGUGUUUGCGCAAGGUGGAAUUUAUCUUGAUACAUUGUAGUUUCCGUUGCAGUACGAUAUUGAUUGAUUAAAUAAAUGAUAGGUAGUAUUGAAGUAUACCUCCAACAAGUGUCAAGAGCAUUAGUAUCCACUUGACUAGCUGCCGUUGUCCAAACAGUAUUAUUAAACAAUUAUUUUGUUAUGUGUCACUCGUUUAUUGGAAAUGCAGGGCAAAAUGGAGAUAUACAUUAAUUUUAGUGAAUCUGCUGCCAUUUUUAUUCUACUAGGAUUGCUUUAAAGCUAUUGUUUUAGUGAUGGAUUAAUUUAUUAGUUUAGAUUUAACCUAUCCAGGUACAGAUGGAUAGGUCGAACAGAGUAUGUUAAUAUAUUCCUUUAUAUUUUAUAAUUCAGUUUGUUUGGGAAGUAUUGUUUCAUUUUCAAGCACAUCAUGUCGUAUGUUGCCCUAAUUUUUGUUAAAAUUAUUUUACUUUAAGAGUAACAUGGUAUAUUGAGUGUUUGGAACGAAGCACACGUACAGACAACGUUCGCUCUCUGGUAGUAAUCUCGAUACAGAUAAGUUGAUGUAAAUACAUAAUAUACGAUGUAAUGUUACUGUCUUAAUCUAAUUAAAUAUAUCUAUAGAUUUUUACUUC